GAUACGUCUAGGAGAAGAUAAACAAAAAGCAAGGAAGACUUCGGCAAAAUCGGUUUAAAAUUUUAGCUUUCGGGCUAAAGAUAGCAACUACAUAUGCACUAUUACUGCUUAGGUUAUUAUCAUUAGGCGUUCACAAGCAUGGACGAAACACUAGUGUUUCGUAUGAGUGCAUUUUCGGAACAAGGGGGGAGAAAAUACAUGGAGGAUGUUGUCGAGAUAAGAAUCGAGUAUGAGCCGACGCCGUCUCCUGUCGAAGAUUAUCCAAAGUCGCAAAGACAUGGAGGACAGGGAAAAGCCGAGAACGAACCUACCGAACAGACUGAAAACGAGACACGAGACCAUAACGUUGCUGCCGAAUCAGGACCAGUGUCUGCAAUGUGGAUACAGAGUAUAUCUAAUGAGGACAGCGGCAACAACAGUACACCGGUACCGCACAAAAAAGUCGCAGAGCAUGUAGUCAACACUCGAAAGUCUGUGGCGUUUUUCGCUGUGUUUGAUGGCCACGGGGGUCGAGAAGCAGCACAUUUCGCAAGAGAGAAUCUGUGGGAUUUGUUGAAGAGGCAACGGGGGUUUUGGUCGAAGGAUCACAGUGAAGUGUGUGCUGCUCUGCGGAAAGGUUUUAUCGCCUGCCACCAUGCAAUGUGGAAAGAGCUACCGGAGUGGCCAAAGACUAUCACUGGCUUGCCCAGUACAUCAGGUACCACGGCCAGUGUGAUUGUGAUUCGUGGAGUUCACAUGUAUGUUGCCCAUGUAGGAGAUUCAGCAGUAGUGGUUGGAGUGAAAGAAAAUGACUCUGAUAUCACACUUGAGGCGCUUGAAGUAACACAAGACCAUAAACCUGAACUCCCUAAAGAAAAAGAGAGGAUUGAGCGACUGGGUGGCAGUGUAAUGAAGAAAUCUGGCGUGAACCGUGUUGUGUGGAAGAGACCCCGAUUGACCCAUAACGGUCCUGUCAGGAGGAGUACAGUCAUUGACCAGAUCCCUUUCCUGGCUGUGGCCCGAUCCCUUGGUGAUCUGUGGAGCUACAAUUUCUAUAGCGGGGAGUUUGUGGUUUCUCCAGAGCCUGAUACCACCGUGAUGACCCUUGACCCCAAACGCCAUCGCUAUAUCAUCCUCGGCAGUGAUGGACUAUGGAAUAUGAUGCCACCCAAGAAUGCUGUCAAUAUGUGUUAUAGCCAUGACAAAAUGGUGGGACCAAAGGGAAUGUCUUGCGCCCGCCGUCUUGGAUGUACAGCCCUACUUUUUUGGAAAGAACGCAUGCUCCGUGCAGACAACACAACAGUUAUUGUCCUGGCCCUACAGGAGCGUGAAGGCCCCCCUAUCCCUAUGCAUCGAGAUGAAAUCGUUGUUGACAUGGCUAUGGGAAUUGACCAUGUUCCAUACCCAGGCACAACUUAUAACACAUGUGAAGUUCCAAAGGAGGAGCAUGAGGAUGACAUGUUUUAUGAAGAAGAUGAGAUAUAUGGAGAAGAACAUGAGGGAUGGCCAUGCCUGGAGUGGUAGCGAGUGGAGUGAUGCAGUGAAUGCUCCCUCCCAUUUCAAAGAAACAACUCUGGAGCAAGCAUUUGGGCUGUAUGAAGCAGCUUUCUGUACCACAGCACAACUCUUACCUGAUGUUGACUCUGUUAGGGCCACAGUGCCCCCCUCAGAUGGUUCUGUGAAUGUUUUUGAAAAGCAAGACUCAACAACCCAAAUGGAUUGUGCUGUUCCUGCUCCUCCUUUAAAAAGGUCUCGCCGUUCUCUGCACACUCCCCCUGAACUCAGAGGCCCUCAUCGUCAGCUUUGCCAGUGCUCCAACAAAAGAUCCCCACAGGAGACGCCCCAUAACAAUGCACAAGGCGAACAAACCCGACAAACUCAUGCUCAGACGGGAGAACAGAGCUCCUCUGAGGAACAUGGUAUCCUACCGCAGCGCCACAACUCUGCCUUGUGUGUGUGCUGAAUCUUGCAGAAACUCUUUUUGCCCUCAAACUAGAAGAAUAAUCUGCAUUGUUUGCUCAUGUUUCAAGUGUUUAACAGGUCUAUUCCUAGAUGUAUACUUUUUAUACACAGUCUUUGUUUUUGUAAAUAUGUGAGAAAUUUGAGACUGUAAAUGUGUUGCUGUUUUGACCUUUUUUUUCAUGCUCUUCUCCCCUCCUUAAUUUUUUGUGCGACUAAAUUUUACAUCAGUUCAAUCUACACAAUCUAUUUUCAUAUUUAUGUAUGUAUAGUAUAGCCAAAAGACAUAUUUUGAAGAAGAUAGAACUCUACAAUCUGAUAUAACAUGAGUUUUGCAGAAUUGUGAGGCAUGCAAUCUUCCAGUUUAGAUAUUUACUACUAUUUUAGAUUUUAGUUUGGACUUGUUGGAUGCUAUAACAUGCCAGAUUGGGAUUAAUACCUCAGACCAGUUGUUUAGAAUCUUUCCUCUUAGAGGAAAUGUGUUACAGGUGCAAAACAUGAGUGUGCAAAACAAUCAAAGCAAUGGUCUGAAGUAUUUAUGAGGGUAUGGAUUUUAAGCCUUUUAUUUGUUUUGAGUCUUUAUUAGUGGUUAAUUAUGUUAUGUCAUGAUCACAAUUGCUAGUCAGCUAAAUAGUGUAUCUUUGGCAUAGCUUUUGAGGCGGUGGCGAUGGCUCCCAACCCAAAUGAUCUCAGACGAUGCAUUUGUGUAAUGGUAGAAUCAUAAGUGCUGGGUGAUGGUCCAAUCCGUUGAUGUAAAAGUCAAGAUCACUACCUGCACAUCACUGGAAGGUGGUGCGGAGUCUGCUUUGGCCUUGAGUUUUGUUUAUAUAAAGUCCAUUUGAGAUGAAGUGUCCACUAGGCACUGACACUUUAAUCUGCACAUGAAACUCCUUAUGGUACGUGUUUUGAAUACAGGAUGUUCCAGAUUCAUGGUAUGUAAAGUAGUGAACAAAGUUGCAAAUUGUGUUAAUAUGGCAGCUCAGUUACUGUUCUAGCUGAUUUAUUUGCCUUCUUUUUACAUAAAAGUUGCAUGUUUGCCUUAGCACAAAUAGGUCAGAGGUGCUUUUUCAUGUUUUCAUAUUUGGGACUCAAGCAAGUGAGAAAGUCCAGGAUACAUCAAUGUAAACUAUAUGUCAUGCAACUUCAGUUCUACACCAGUGUCGUUUUACCAUUCACACUGCAACGUACCAAACCUGCUCCGAAACCUGAUUAGUGUUUUUAAGUUAUACCACAGAGCAGUUUGAUGGUUUUGUACAGUACAUCAAUAUGCAAUAUAUAUUUGUACAGUACAUUAUUAUGCAAAGUAAUUGGGUUUUUCAGGAGUCUGGCCUGCUCAGAUCUAUUCUGUGUUGUGAGGUGUCCACAGGUAAUGGAUGUUAAUGGGCAUGUGGUUUGUUUUUGACAAUUACAGUAUUUGUGUCUGGCUUUGUAUCCACUGCAGCCAGUUUUCAGGACUAACUGUAUAAGUGACACACUUUGAAAGUGACUGUAUAUACAAUGUUUGGGUGUUGUAAUAAAGUUCUCUUUUUCCAA